UUCUGGGCAACUGAAACAAAAUGCAACUGUCAGUGAACUUCCAUUAUUCUCUUUUAUCUAUAGGAAUUUUGUUAUUUCAGGAAAACAGCCAAGAAACCGACGAAACUGAGACUAGCUGUGAUGCACAAGCAGAAACUUCUGCAGAAAUACCUGUAGAGACUGAGCCAACAAACAACGUAAACCAAACCAAACCUUCGACAAAGAAAAUCAGUUCUUCCGACGAAAGCGACACACGUAAGGCCCAGCAAAAGCCAUCCAAAAGAACUUCAGACACCCGAGUCGACGAAGCGUACAAUAUUAUGGAAUCUUUACGUGGUAGAGUAUUGGAAAGGGAUGAAUGUUCUAUUUAUGGAGAACAACUUGCUUUUAAAUUAAGAAAGAUGGAUGUUCGCACUCGAUUGCUCUUGCAGCAUCAAAUUAAUGGGUUAGUUUUUGAAACAGAAAUGAAUAUGCUGCCUAAUUACAAUACACCAUUCAUGCCCCCACACUCUGGAGAAAAUUCAUUACUGCCAGAAAGUUUAAGCUAUUACAAUUUGAAUGGAAAUAGACCAAAUUCCACUCCUGGUUAGUCCUGGAUAAUCUGAGGAUUUCCAACAAAAUGGCAAUAACUGAACAUUAUUUUGUAUUUUUUUUUCAGUUCAAUAAAAAUAAAUAUUUUCUUAUCUGAACA